AUGGCGAAGUACGGAGCCUGGGAGUGCACGCAGGUGAGCCACCGAGGAGCGUACACUGCGCGGCGGGCUCGCGCGCUGGAGCGCUACUGCCACACGGUGUCUCUCACUCGGGUGCUGGCGGUUUGUCUGCUUACUCCAGUGCCCGUGUUGGGUUUCGUCGUGACCACGGAGAUGCUGCCGCUGAACCCGCCGAGCGACGGCUGGAGGCGCAACUCGGGCUGGAUCCUCCGCAACGUCUUCGUCUUCGUUCUGCUCACGCUGAGCUGUCUCCAGCAAGCGUCGAGCUUCCUCACAAUGCUCAACGUCACGCUCGGCCAGGCGUUGGCCAUCACGUGGAUCUGCGUGAGCUGCUAUUUCAUCGUGCUUCUGGCGAUCAUGGACGUCUGGGUCUUCCCCGUGCCCUUUGUGUUUGAGCUCACUGGAGGCGUGUUCGGCAUUGUCUUCGUCGUCUGCGUUGUCGUGGUGUUUGGGAGCCAAACGCUGGCGAAAACGCCGAAAUUCGCAAUGCAGUUCAGCCUGCCGCGUUCCGCGUGCUUCACGGGGGUUGGCAACUCGCGUUCAUAG